UUUUGUCCAUUUCGUCUUCACUCACCGUUGGUCGAAGACUCUUAUCCGAUAUAUCAUCAAACCAGAGAGAACACGAGAGUGAGGGAGAUAUGGCGAUGCUGUGCGUUUCAUCGCCUGUAGCGGUCUCAUCCAUAUGUACUUCUUCAUUUUCAUCUUCUCAAAAGAAUAAGAACAGUAGAAGCGGCGUUGUGAAUAACCCAUUCGUUGGGUUCUCCUGGGCUCUAUCAAAACCGUCCUCGUUUCGUCUCCGUAAUAACUCCCAUGGGUGUUUCCAGGUUCGGUGCCAGGACCUCUCUCUCGUCCCCACAGAUCAGCGAUGGAUGUUCGAGGACUCCGAAGUCAAUGGCGCUGACAUUUGGAACACGACUUGGUAUCCCAAAGCUGCAGAUCACGUGAACACGGAUAAACCGUGGUACAUUGUUGAUGCUACGGACAAAAUUCUUGGAAGACUGGCGUCAACUAUUUCCAUUUACAUCCGAGGGAAAAAUCUGGCUACCUAUACUCCCAGCGUGGACAUGGGAGCAUUCGUGAUUGUGAUAAAUGCAGAAAAAGUAGCUGUAUCUGGUAAGAAAAGGACCCAAAAGCUCUACAGGAGGCAUUCAGGACGACCAGGUGGUAUGACAGUGGAAACAUUUGACCAGCUACAGCAGAGAAUUCCAGAAAGAAUUAUUGAACAUGCCGUCCGUGGUAUGCUUCCCAAAGGAAGGCUUGGCAGAGCGCUGUUCAACCACCUAAAGGUUUACAAGGGUCCAGAUCAUCCACAUGAAGCUCAGAAGCCCAUUGAGCUGCCCAUACGGGACAAAAGGAUACAAUUAGAGAGAUAGAUUUAAAUCAGUUUUCAGUUGAAGACACGUUGAGUGAUCCUAGUCAGUUCAAGAGGUUAACAUACCUUUUCUCCGGUGCUGUUUUCUGGGGUUAUAGGUUAUGCUUCAGCGCCCUUACAGAAGUUCAUUUAGUUUUUGGAUCGUCGAUGUAUUUGAUUUCGGUCCUCUGUCCUAGGUAUGUUGUUUUAAACUAACUAGGAAAAGGAAAAAACAAAGAUUAUGUUGUAUGUUUCAGUUGCUUGCUUUUUGUAUGUAUAUUAGGCCUCACUUGAGCUUAUUUACUGGAAGAUUGAUAUCAUUUAUUUUCA